ACUGAUGAUCAUGAUUGACGAUUUGAAACUGGAGGAAUUCGUGGAGAGACUCGUGUGUAUCGCGUCCUACACUGACGGAUCGGUCAAGGUAAUCUAUUUCCUCGUCAAUAGGAGGCUGGCUAAACAUCUUGCAAAUGUUUUUCGAGAAGACUUUUUGCUGUGUUCGAAUUUCCAGAUUGAUCCGAGGACACUGCGACGCGGAAAGGAGCUGAGUAAACUAGCUUGUACGUUGCUAUGGAUCCUAAUCUCGAGCACAUCACUAGUCUGGAUCGUGACUCCCCUCAUCCAAUGCCACCUCUUCCAGCGCUGUGUCUACCUGAGAGUGAUACCCACCUGGUUCCCCUUCGACCAAUCACAGGGCUUCAAAAAUGUUCUGGCCUACUGCCUAGAUAGCGCGAAUGUCUUCUAUAACGCACUAAUCCUAUUCACAGGUAACGCAUGGAUGUUGACUCUGAUUAUAAUGGUGUGUGCACAAAUGAAUCUGCUCAAAGAUGCCAUCGCAAAUAUAAGGGUGAUUGCUGAAAAACAAGUUGAUUAUGAUAGAAACAAUAGGAGAAAUGCGAGCAACAUUGGAAACUAUAAGGGAAGUAAUUGGAAAUGUGUUAGGAAUUGUUUGAACAAUGGGAAAAGUAAUGAAAGCUAUGCAAACAAUAUAACAAACGAUAAAAGUAAUGAUGCAGAUCAUGUCAGUAAUAACGAAAAAUAUGACAAAAAUGGAGCUAAUCAUGGGAGUUAUUAUAGUGAAUAUUCAAGCAAUGAUGGAUCAUAUUCAAAUAGAAAUAAAAAUUAUAAAGAAGAAAUAAGCAGAUCACAGUACACAAAGAGUUUAUUGAGAGAAGAACAUAAAGGGGAAAAUCUGGAUCUAGAUAAAGAUGUGAGGAAUAAAAUGGACAAAAUUCUCAAAGUAUGUUUGAAUGAUCAUCAGAAGAUGUUAAGGACAAUUGGAUUAAUGGAGAAGUUACUCUCCCCUGUCAAUCUCUUCCAAAUGAUAGUCAGCUCCAUAAUGGUCUGCAGCACUGUGUUUGUAAUGAUUUUACCUUUUGCUUUGAAGUCCAAGCGAGGUGACAACGGGGCUUUGGACAAAAUGAUGAAACAUGGCAUCAAAUACAGCUUUUUCUGUGCCGAUGCUAUCAUGGAAUUGCUCAUAUUCAGUUUGAGUGGACUUAUGAUCAGUGAACAGACGAAGAGUAUGCAUAGAGUUUUCUACAACAGUGACUGGCAGAACGCCUCUAGAUCCUACAAGAAAAAUGUACUUUUUGCAACUACUAGAGCUGCUGUACCUCUCACAUUAACUGCUGGAAAGUUCUAUGAUGUAGACCUGCAAUCUUUUGCUUCGAUUAUGAAGAUAUCAUAUUCAUGUUUGAUGCUGUUGUACGGACUAGUAUCAAAAAGGCAACUCGAGUUCCAAAUGUGAAGCAACUGGAAUUGAAAAUACUUGUAGCCUAUCUCUCACAACAAACUAUUUAUGAAUUUAAGACAAAUAAUAUUAAGUCAUUUUGGAAAACUCGAUGAACUGGUUAUCUAUCAAUUUAUCACUCUCAAUAUCGCACAGUUCUCAGUUCUCACAACCAUUUGCUCAAAUUUUACAAUAGGUCAGUGAAUGAGUGAUUGUAAUAAUAACUUCAUGCCUCACUUCAAGUCUAUGAAUAUCUACCACACAAUAAUGUAGAGGAAUAUUCAAUGAAGUGAUAUGAAUAACGAAAAAGAAGAUUCAUUGAUGGAUGUGUAGACUAAAUCAUUGAAAAAGCAAUUUUUGUGGACUAAUACAAAUAACUUUCAAAAUCAUACAAGAAAAAUGUACUUUUUGCAAUACGAUCCGUGAAAAUAGUAAUGAAUAAUCAUAUUGAAUGCCUACAGACGCUACUGCAGUUAAGUCAUUAGAUAUUAUAUUAUUGCACAUAUUAAUUGACAACUAUAUAUAAUACACAGAUUAUCUCAGCAUUGAAUAAUAUCAAUAAUUAUAUAUCAAUGUAAUAUUUACUUCUUUCUUACACAUAGUAUAUGCUAUAUAGAACUUCAGCUAUAUACA